CGCGCCCUAACCUCAAAAUGGUUUCCCACUAUUACAAUACACUGCCGUAUUCGCAAAAGCACAACGCCAAUCUGGCGUACGCCUCGGCUGCGGCCGCUGGCCAACCCUGGAACUGGCCAACCAACUAUCAUACGCCGCCCAAUCAUCAGUUCCUGAGCGACGUGGACUCACCGCAUGCCGCCGCCCAUCAUGCAGCCGCCCAUCAAAUGUACUACAAUCCGCACAUGUUCCAUUCGGCGGCGGCGGCGGCCAGCGCCAGCGAUUGGCAUUCGCCCGCCUCCAGCUCGGCGGCUGGCGAGAGUUUUGUGCAGAAUGUGCCGACAUCGGCGCAUCAGCUGAUGCAGCAGCAUCAUGCGGCGCACAUUAACAGCGGGCUGCCCAGCGGCGGCUCCAGCAGCUCGGCCAGCUCCGGCAGCAGCGGCUCUGCGCCGGCGGUGGGUGGUGCAGCGCCGGGCGCCACGCAGCUGAACGAGCCGAACGAGGCGGCAGUUCAUGCCCAGCAACAACAACAACAACAACAGCAGCAACAGCAGCGGCAGCAACAACAACAUAUUGCCGAGGGUUUGCCAUCGCCGCCCAUAACGGUGUCGGGCAGUGAGAUAUCUAGUCCGGGCGCGCCCACCUCUGCCUCUUCGCCGCACCAUUUGACCCAUCAUUUGAGUGCAGCGGGCAGCGUCAACAACAACAACAGCCCCUCAACACACAACAACAACAACAACAACAACAACAGCAUCACGGCCAACAACAACCAUCGCACAUCGCCAGCGAAGACGCAAUAUUACGAAUGGAUGAAGAAACCCUCAUAUCCAGCACAACCGCAGCCGGAACUGUGCAGCUCGCCCAAUUUAGAGGACUUUACCGAAUUGCUGGAAGCAGGUGGCAAAACGCGCACCAAGGACAAAUAUCGCGUCGUCUACACGGACUUCCAACGCCUGGAGCUGGAGAAGGAGUACUGCACAUCCCGUUAUAUAACCAUACGCCGUAAGAGCGAGCUGGCGCAAUCGUUGUCGCUGUCGGAGCGCCAGGUGAAGAUCUGGUUCCAGAAUCGACGCGCCAAGGAGCGCAAACAGAACAAAAAGGGCAGCGAUCCGAACGUUAUGGGCGGCGUACAGCAUACGGACUACAGCCAGCUGCUGGAUGCCAAGACGAAGCUGGAGCCGGGCCUGCAUCUGCAGCACACGCUGCACUCCAUGAACCCAAUGGCGGCCAUGAACAUAUCCGCCAUGCGGCUUCAUUCGCACUCCCAUCUGGCGGCCCACAGUCAUGCGCUGGCCGCGGCAUCUGCCCAUUCCCAUCAGCUGCAGCACAGCGCCCAGAUGUCCGCCGUGGGCGUGGGCACGCUCUCCAUGUGA